AUGAUUUUCACUGAUAAGAAAGGCUUGGUGCAUGAUGUUCAGUUGCUUAACUUGAAGUGCAAUCGAGAAUGCAAGGUUGUAGAAUCCAAAGGAAAUAGUUGGGUGGCCGAGUGCAAGCAUGAUUGUAACUGGAGGGUUCAGAUAUCACCAGAAUUUCCUCUUGCUACCAUAAUUGAGGUCGUGAAGAAGAAGUUUCACUUCACGAUCUCAUAUAAGAAAGUGUGGCUUGCAAGGACGAAUGCUGUUACAAUGGUGUUUAGGGAUUCAGACGAGUCAUACCUAAGGUUGCCUAGAUCUAUGGAUGCAUUGCAGGCAUUCAAUCCAGGCACAGUUGUCAUGUGGGACAUGGUUCCGAAAUUGCUGUCUAGCUCAUUCAGAACUGAAAUGUACAUGAACUGUGUGUUCUGGGCAUUUAAACUAGCAAUAGAAGGCUUCAAGUACUGUCGUCCCAUGAUAUGCAUUGACGACACACACUUGUACAGGAAAUACAAAGGCAAGAUUGUUGCGGCCACUACAGUGACUGUUGCCGACAAGAUUACACCUCUUGCCUUUGCCAUUGUUGACAAGGAGAUGAUCGAGAGUUGGGGUUGGUUCAUUACUCUCCUUAGGCGACAUGUGUGUCGUGACCAAGAGGGGGUGACAUUGAUAUUUGAUCGACAUAGGGCUUUGCUUAGUGUCAUGUCCAGAAUUUGUGACAGUCCAGCAGUGUAA